CAGCUGACUGGGAACACAGGUAGUCUGUCCGAACGAGCUUGUCGGCGUACUUGUUGAUCUUCAGGGUGAAUCAGGGAAGCAAGAUGCGGAGCAGGAAACCGGCGGGUAGACAGUAGAUCGUGCAGAAGAUAUCUCUGCCAUGUCGGAGGCAGAGGAGGGGGAAAUGGAUUGGUUUAGACCCUGGCAAUAGUAAACCAAUAACGGCGCCUCAAUUUUUUUUAUUUUUUUUAAAUGCUACUGCUUCCUUUUUGUUUGUGGCAGCGGAUUGAUUGUUCACAAGGCGGUACGUGCUGGUUUGAUUCAGUGUAGGAUGACAACUCACGAAGAUACGAUAAUGAAUGAAGAGACAAUCAAGUGUAGUCCAUAGCCUCAGCGGUCCUCAUGCUCUCUUUACCUAAAGUUAUCAUGGAGAAAUCCUUGGCCGAGUUAAAUAAAGCCGGCUCUCGGUCAACAUCAUCGCUGCCACCUGAACCAGUGGACAUCGUUCGCAGCAAGUCAUGUUUCCGCAGAGUCAGGCUAAACGUUGGAGGGCUCCCGCAUGAGGUCUUGUGGCGAACGUUAGACAGGCUACCACGAACGCGUUUGGGAAAGUUAAGAGAUUGCAACUCGCACGAAUCACUGAUGGAAGUGUGCGAUGAUUACAGUCUGGAGGAGAAUGAGUACUUUUUCGACCGGCAUCCAGGGGCGUUUACAUCUAUUCUGAACUUUUACCGCACGGGUAAGCUGCACAUGAUGGAGGAAAUGUGCGCCCUUUCAUUUAGUCAAGAACUAGACUACUGGGGCAUCGAUGAGAUCUACCUGGAGUCGUGUUGCCAAGCAAGAUAUCACCAGAAAAAGGAGCAAAUGAAUGAAGAACUCAAAAGGGAGGCAGACAACUUAAAAGACAGAGAGGGAGAAGAAUUUGACAACACCUGCUGUGCCGAAAAAAGAAAGAAACUUUGGGACCUCCUGGAGAAGCCCAGCUCAUCUGUUGCAGCAAAGAUACUUGCCAUCAUCUCCAUCCUCUUCAUCGUGCUUUCCACCAUUGCCCUGUCUCUGAACACCCUACCAGAGCUACAGGAUACAGAUGAGUUUGGCCAAUCCACAGACAACCCUCAACUUGCCCAUGUGGAGGCUGUCUGCAUUGCCUGGUUUACCAUGGAAUACCUGCUCCGUUUCCUCUCCUCCCCGAAUAAAUGGAAGUUCUUUAAGGGUCCUCUAAAUGUUAUUGACUUGUUGGCCAUCCUGCCCUACUACGUCACCAUUUUCCUGACAGAAUCCAACAAGAGUGUAUUACAGUUUCAAAAUGUUCGGCGUGUGGUUCAGAUUUUUAGGAUCAUGCGUAUUCUACGUAUCUUGAAACUGGCUCGUCACUCUACAGGUCUUCAGUCUCUGGGUUUUACCCUUAGGAGGAGUUACAAUGAGUUGGGCCUACUUAUUCUUUUCCUUGCCAUGGGUAUCAUGAUUUUCUCCAGUCUGGUAUUUUUUGCUGAGAAGGAUGAAGAGGAUACAAAGUUUAAAAGCAUUCCAGCUUCUUUCUGGUGGGCUACAAUUACUAUGACCACAGUGGGCUAUGGUGACAUCUACCCCAAAACUCUCUUGGGAAAGAUUGUCGGGGGGUUAUGCUGCAUAGCUGGAGUACUUGUGAUCGCUCUACCUAUUCCUAUUAUUGUAAAUAACUUUUCUGAAUUCUAUAAGGAACAGAAGAGGCAAGAAAAGGCCCUUAAAAGAAGAGAAGCCUUAGAAAGGGCAAAGAGAAAUGGCAGCAUUGUCUCAAUGAACUUGAAAGAAGCAUUUGCACGUAGUGCAGAGCUGAUGGAUGUGGUGGUGGAGAAGAGUGAGAGGCCUCAUGACAACCACCUCUCACCCAGCCGCUGGAAAUGGACUCCCAAGAGGGCUGCAUCAGAGACAAGCUCAAACCGUUCUUUCAAUGCCCAGGAGUUAGGCUCUCCCAGCAAGGCCCGAGCCACCAGUCCCCAGAGGUUAAAUGUUCAGAAACUAGAAGAGAUGUACAACCAGAUGGCAAAGACACAGUCACAACCCAACCUCAAUGCUAAAGAAAGGGCCUCCAGAGUUGGUAAACAGAGGGAUGAGAUAGAGCUGGGGGCUAUACAUGACCAUGGUCAACAAGCCCUAGGAACCAGGGAUGGAGUUGGAGACAUGAAAAGCUUAUCCAGCAUUGACAGCUACAUUAGUUGUGCAACAGACUUCCAGGAGAAUCCACGCUUCUCCCACAGUCCCGCAAUAGAUCUUGGUCUUCAGGAAAGCAACCGCUUCUCAUACAGUCCAGCGACAGCAUUGUCCCAGCACACCAAUACAAAAACCGGCCAGCAAACAACAGGGGACCGUGAGCCCAUGCUGACCCCUGUGUCUGUCACAAAGAUGGACAGCACAAGGAAAUUUUUCUUUUCUGGAAUCUCCUCAAAAAGCCUUAUUCCCAAAGGAGGCUGCCGCAGUGACGGGGAAUCAGGACUUUCCCCACUUUCAGACAGCUCAGUUGUGUCAGAUCACUCUCUGUUAAGCCCCGAAACCUCUGCGUACACUACUGCCAGCAGCAGGACCCCACCAAAGUCUCCAGAAGGCACUCCCCUGGCCCCAACUGUCUUCACCUUCCAUGACUCCUCCAUCAGCAAGUACAUUGAUGCCGAUACAGACGAUGAUGAGCACCUCCGUGACAUGUCUGACACCAGUCCCUCUGAGCGUCUCCUGGCUGAUGCAAGCCCGAAACGCAGCAUUAAUAUAAAUUACCAGAGGGGCACUAACCAUUUAGAAGCAGCCCAGAAAAUGCUGGGUCAGAAUUGUCUGUUCCCGCUAGAAGGGAUUCGUGGGCUAGCUCAUGAAAAUCACAUAGGACCAGAGAUGACACGUAGACCAAAGGCUGAGAGGGGACGUCAAAAUACUUUGGAUAAAGGCCUCUGAGGUGCAAGUGAAGCAAAAACUAACAGCAAGUUUGGGACAGAGUGUUUUUGGUAGGCUAAAACACUCCAAGCCAGAGACAAAGGAAGGCGAGACAACCGGUCUCGCUAAAACAUUUCACAAAUUACCUGAGCAUGCCACUGGGCAAUAAGCCUUGGGUGAACAUGUGUAGUGAAUACUCUGGGAGAAAAACAUUUCUUAAUUGAAGAAUGUCACUGCCCCUCCUUCAGCUCAUUCCUAUAAGGAGAUAUUCCACACACACAACAAAAGAGCAAUCCCAAGUAGCCAAUGGGUCUGUUCAGAGAUGUAGAGUCAUCAGAGAAAUAAAGCUGUAGUUAUAAGUGCGAAACCCAGCUAAAUGAUGGUUUUAGUCGCAGGGGGUUAUCUCUAAAAAAUCCCCGCAGCCACUUUCCAGAACUAAGUCCCGAUUGAUUUUGUAGUCUUGAAGAUACAGGAGAGGACCUAGAAGCCUAUAAGCUACUUACUUGUGCCCUCCAUUCCCAAACCUGGCCUUAGUCAUUUACAUUCGUAGGGGUGUGUAUGUCUGCUUAUAUGUGUGCCUGCGUCUAUAAGAGACAGAGCAAGAGAGAGUGAACAGUAAUGAAUGGCCAAAUGAUAAUUCAUGUACACACACUCUUGAGAUUGUCUAGCCUGAUUUAUUUUUCUAUAGAUAAGAGAAAGUUCCUAUUAGAAAUAAGUACAUUUCUGGUCUGCUGUGUCAUAAUCACAUGUGAAGAGUUAUCUCGUAUGAGGUUCAGUGUUUUGGCACAGACGCUGCUCCAGCUCAUCAUGCAUUAUAAUGACCACUUUUCCUGUUAACAGUGUUUUGCUAACUCAUGUUAACCUGUCUUGGUGAGAGUGAAUGAUCGAAUGACGGAUAGAUUUCCUAGCACAUUAGAAUCUUUUUUUUGGAUCAAGAGGUUUCUUUUUGACAUGGGCUAACAAAAGAAAGAAUUAUGCGGAUUGCUGCAUAAAAUGCACAUUAUGAAAGCAUGCGUGUACCCAGUCUCAUAACAUAAAAUAACAUGAUGAUUUGCUUGUCCAUCAUCUCUAAAUAAAAAAAAACAUAUAUAAGGAAAUCCUCCUAGCCUACUGACAUGAUGUUUAGAGCAGUUGUUCAGCAUGCAUCAGCCUUCGUUUGACCAACAUAAAAGCAGCCAAAUUGUUCACAAAUGCAUGAACGAUAUGUGUAUAAAACAGCAAAAGCAGGGGAGUUAUCCAACCCCUAUUUUGUUUCUUAAAUGAUAAAAAAUAUAUAUAUAUAUAUAAAACAGUCCGCAAUCUACCCAGCUUACCAUUAAUCGGGUGCAAAUGCCAGAAUUGAUAAAACUCAUGCAUGAGUGCACACACACACACACCGGCAAACUAUACAUCCAGGUACUGGAGACAAUUUUCAGGAUACCAUAGAUACGUUUAGUUUCCAUGGUGAUAGCUGUUUCCCUCAAAUGUUGGCAACAGCUAAGCAGUGAUUUGUUAAUUGGAGUGGCGAAGGUCGACUUACAUGUAACAUAUGCUCACACACUUUUACGAAUCACACACGGAGACACGUGAACCCAUAAAGCGACAGUAGUUGCAUGUUAGCUGAGCCACUCCUCACUGUGCAUAUUCAUGAGUACUGUGUAAAUCUAACAUUAUAAUAUAAGGACUUUGUACUUUAUUAUUUAUGUUCAUGAAUUCAGUUUUAAUAUAUGUUCUGUUAUCCCCUGGAUUGGCAGACACAAUUCUCCGUAUGCCUGUGUGAUUACACUGCUACAUAGUAUAGUGAGGACCAGUUGCUUAACAAGAAUUGCUGCACUCUUCAUACAGAUUGUAAAUGGUGAGAGAGGCAAAACAGAAGUGGUCCUCGUGAUCUUAAAAAUAUAUUAAGUGCUGCUUUACACGCCAGAUUGUAUAUGAAACAUGGACUUAGCCAAUGUGAAAUCAGCCACUGGUGCCUGGAGCAUUUUAGCCUCUGUUCCACUAGUACCUAGUUAGUUUGACUCGACUCAGUGGUUCCUGUUAUCAGGUACUUUUUACCCUUCAACCGUAAAAGGCUGAUAUGGUAUUGAUGUCACUGGCGGGCGAGCAGUGUGGUCACCUAAGUUGUGAAUGCGACCACUCAAAACGAGGCGAUGUUGACAUUCAUACCGUAGGUGCACCUAGCAAAAAUCUCAGACGAGUUGGAAUGUCAUGACCUCAAUGUCAAGGUCAAGUUUAGAGAUUAAGUUUUCUGAAAAUCUUAUGAAUGUGAUAACUCCAGACAGACCCCACCUAAGAUAUUCCAGUUUAUACCAUAUCUGGAUCUACUGGCUGAGGGGUGUCCACCAGUAUUUUUAGUACGUUCCCAAGUGAGCUGAGUUGAGCUGAAAAUCUGACGUCAACAGACUGCAUGCCACUGAUUAGGCAGGUAGUGAUGUCACUGGAUGAGUCAUGAGAGCGACUCCUUCACGAGAAUCAACCAAGAGUCCACCACAGGAUUAUCACCCUGUCCCUAGCAUUCUUUUCUGCCACGCCAACUCUUCUCAUGUCCUUCUUUACUACAUCUAUGAAUCUUCUCUGUGGUCUUCUUCAUUUUUCCUCCUGCCUGACCUGUCCAUCCUGGUCACUCCCAAUGCUUCCACACUUCUCUUUCACAUUUUGCUGUCAUAAAUCACCCAUGUUACUCACCUUCACCCUGCCUGCACUCUUCUCUUCUUCACCAUCCAUUGCUGUGAAUGGUUGACGCCAGGUAUUAGAACUCAUCCACCUUCACUGCUUCUGCUCGUUGUACCUUCACUGUUACGCCUGUCUCCAUCGCAUUCACACACAUGUAUUUUGUCUUGCUUCUACUGAUUUUCAUUCCUCUUCUCUCCAGCGCAUACCUCCACCUCUCCAGGCUCUCUUUCACCUGCUUCCUAUAAAAAGAAAAAAACAUGAUUAAUAAGACUUGGAAGACGGGAUUGCAAACAUGAACUCAACAGAAAAGUAUUUACCAUGGUCCUAAACUAAGAGAGCAAUGGAAUAACUUUCUGAAAGACUUUCUCUUUUGCAGCCAUUGGACAUCAGAAAUAUUAAAUGUUUCAGCACUUAUGUAAGGGAUUUACUUUAAAGCUAAGUCCAUCUUUUAUAUACAAGAUUUCCACUCAUUAACAUAAGCUGAGUUACAGUAUCAAGAGUCCUUCCACAAUCUCUUGAAAUCUAAUUUCUAGUGCAAAAGUACAAGGUUUUUGUAACGUCUUUAAAAGUCUUUUGAGUAGGUACAGUACGCCUUCUGUCAUCACAUCUUUCACAAAUGUUAACAAGAUGAGCAAAGAACCUCAGUGCCAACAAAAUAUACUGUCAAAAGAAAAAAGAAUAACUUUAAAAUCUUUCUCAGUCUUUUCCUGACACAAAUAUACUGGCAAAUGAUGCACGCAAAUAAGAGCAUUGCACUAUUAUAAAUCUAUUUUUUCAGAAUUUAUCCAACCUAAGUUGAUUGACACAUAUCGUUUUAGUGUUGUAGUUUAGAGUCUAAUCACAAAUCCUGAUUUCACUUCCUGUUUUAAUCACAGAGUUGGACCAUUUCAUAUUGCUCUCCCAUGGUGAGAGGAGCUGAGGUGUGAAAGGAAUACCAACGACUGCGAGAAGCAGAGGGAACUGUGUGUAUGUGUGUGUGUGAGAGAGAGAGAAAGGGAGACUGCUGUGAAGCUGGGGCAUUAUAGCAGUGUGGCUGCUGCUUAAUGGAAAAGAAUGAACUGUUUCCAAUAUGAAUGUGCGGGCUGGGGGAAUCCUGCCUUUUGUUUUCUCUCUAUUCCAUCUACAGUCCUGACUGUAACAUGCAGCAGUAAUGCAGAUUGCAACACAAAGAAAAUAUUAGAGUUGUGUGAGAAAAUAGGAUUAUUUUUAGUCGAUGUUUUUGAAGUGCAGCUUUAUUUAUAGCUGGGAAACGAGAUAUGGGAGGAGCAUUUUAUGAAUCAUGUUUAGUAUAAUUAAGCAGAUAACUGUACUGAGAAUAGCUUCAUCUCAUUGACUCACGUUGUAUUACACCUUUACAUUUUUCCUGUGUGUGUAGAUAUUUUUUUUUAUUUAAUGUCUUUCUUUAUUUGAAGUACCAAAAAAACAAAAACAAAAAAAUCCCCCACAAUGAUAAAAAAUUACAAUAAUUACCCACAAACAGCUGUUAAAUAGAUUUUUGUUAUAAGAAAAUAUCCUGUUGCACAACAGUUGACUGUGGGUAUUGAAAACGAUCCAGAUGGUCUCUGGUCUGGUAAUGUUCUUUGGUUACGUUCCUACAUGUAUACUGUCCAGUAAAUGUCUGUAAUUCUUCACAUUUUCCUGAGGUUGAAGUCACAGGUUAAAUCCCAAAGGAAUUCAUGACAAAUUUAGUCAAACAGAUUUUAUUUUCUUCAGUUUCAACAAGAAAAAAUACAGUUCAACUUAUUUCACCUGAUUAUACCUUACUGUCCAUUUUGAUUUUGUUACUUGAGUCAAGAAAAAACAAAAAGCAGCCAGACAAAUAUUUUAGGGUGAACUAAGAGAUAAAUAUGAAAUAUGAAGGGCAUUGAGCUCACACAACCCCUCCUUAAGCACCACGUGAGCUUCUGUCCUAUCAUUUCGGUUUUCUAUAUUAUUGUAGUCAGGGACCAUUUUUCACUGAAAUAUCUCUCAACAAUGAUGACAAUCAAUAUAUCACGAAUGGGCAGCAAGCACUAGUGUAGAGACCUGAGAUUUAUCUUGGAAAAAUAUUACGCAAAUGCACAACCAUGUGCGCACACACUUACAAGUACUGAAAUCCUGACACUAGCAUUCUUAGAAUUAAGCUUUUAGAAAGGAGAGAGCAAAGAAACAUCAAGUAUGAUGUUUGAUUUCAUAUUUAGACUGUGAUACUGUGACACAAUACCACCAUAAUAAUAAUAGUAAAAAAAAAAGUGUCUUUCAUUUCUACAUUUAGCUUCAUUUCAUUUUAUUUGGACGCUUAAAUCCACUCCAUUUUCAAGGGAGCCAUUCAAAUUAAUUGAAUCUAAUAGUAUAGCAGACCUUUUAAUUUCACCGAGGUUCCCUGUGGAGCAAUCCGAUGUGAAUCAAAGGACUAAACCAUGACUCUUUAUCAAGACAACACAAUCUAGUGACUUCUUUCACCUCUUCUUUAUUGAUACCAAUUAAAAUUAAGAGCACAAGUUCUCUAAGAUUUUUAUAAAUACAAUUCCUAAUCAUCCCAUAUGACUCCCAGCUGUACAGUAUUAGGCAUUUAGUUAAAAUCUAAAAGAGAAUUGAAUUGUUUAGCUAGCUGCUAAAUUUUAAAAAGAGGUUAAAGGAGUUUCCGUUCUUUUGUUUUCUUAUUUCUUUAAUUUAUUCUUCAAACCCCACAGGACUUUUUCAAGGACGUGAUAGUUUCCAAAACCUGGUGAGAACUACUGCUUUAGCAAGUAGUCCAAUUCCACAUUCUUUGAAUCUAACACUGUAUUACAGGGUUGGGGUCGAUUCAAGGUGGUGCACAAAACACAUCACACGUGGCGCUAUAAUAAAAAGCAGUAUUAAAGCAUGAGAAACGGACAAAUUCAAACAUAAACUAUUUUUUCCCUAUAUUUUAACCUCUCAGUGGAAUUGACCCCAACCUUGCCUAAGCCAUCAGUCUUUGUAAAGUACACUGUUUCCAGGGAAUUGAAAAAAGAUAUUUGAAUGACCUUAGCCAGCUCUUAUACAAUGUUGUUUGUAGGUCCCGAGGCUGUCUGUUUUGUAAAACAAAAACAAAAAGAGAAAAACAUUUUUACCUGUUGACUUUCUAUGCUGUUGUUUCUGUAUAAAUGUUCUAUUGUUCAGUGCAUGUUGUAACUUUGGCGUUGUAACUGGUUGUGAUUCACACAGAGCCAGUACUUUACAUGUUAAAAGAAAGUGUCUCAAUGUCCCAAGAUAUUUUUAUUUCUUAAUAAAAAGCAACGUUUCCCUUAAAUGAAUCAAAAAUGAAAUAAAUCAGAUCACUUUACAUUUUGA